AUGUCUUCGCUCCUUAAGGUGGACAAUGAACUUAAAACUAAGGUUGAUUGUUUUAGGGAACGUAUCACAUCAGAGGCAGAGGAUCUAGUGGCAAACUUUUUCCCCAAGAAAUUACUUGAGCUGGAUCACUUCUUAAAGGAUCCCAUCAUCAACAUCGCAGAACUUAAGGAGAUUCAUGCCGAAAUAAAUAUCACAGUGCCAGAUCCAAUAUUGUUGCCAAACCUCCAUGAUGGCCUUGAUGCACAAAAUGCAAAAAAGCGAAAACUGGAGGAUGGAGCGGAUGACAUGAAGACUGGCACCAAGGUCUUUGUUAUGCCUGGUGGCAUGAUGAAGAGCAACUCCAUCCUUGUUGAUUUAAUAGAGAAAGUCAAACCAGAAAUCAGGACACUCAUUGAAAAAUGCAACACAGUCAAAAUGUGGGUUCAGCUUCUCAUACCAAGGAUAGAAGAUGGCAACAACUUUGGAGUGUCAAUCCAGGAGGAGACGGUAGCUGAACUCAGAACAGUCGAAGGGGAAGCAGCAUCCUUCCUCGACCAAAUAUCAAGAUAUUACAUCACAAGGGCAAAGCUGGUUUCCAAAAUAGCAAAAUAUCCUCACGUCGAGGACUACAGACGCACAGUGACUGAAGUUGAUGAGAAGGAAUACAUCAGUCUGAAGAUAAUCGUUUCAGAGCUCAGAAACCAAUAUGUAACGUUACACGACAUGAUUCUGAAGAACAUUGAGAAGAUCAAAAGGCCUCGGAGCAGCAACACUGAUGCAUUGUACUAA